AGCACAGACCAAUGAGAAGCCGCAUUCGGCAUCCGCCCCUCCCACCCCCUCCAGAGGUCGGACGAUUUUGCCAGUCGUACAGUGGACUGUAGGGUGAGGCGAGAGGCGCCAGGUUGGCCGUGGUUGCUCUGCUUGCCCAUCCGCUGCCCAAAUGGCUCUGAGAAGGUUCUCGGAGCGGCUGCUGAGCCGGGGACCAAGCCUGAGCUUCCUGCGCGGGUGGGGGUCGGCGGCGGCGCAGACUGAAAAGGGCGGGAAGACACAGAACCGAGCGACUAAGGCCUCGCGUCCUUUAUUUGACUGGAGGGACCCGCUGGUGCUGGAGGAGCAGCUGACAGCGGAUGAGAUCCUCAUCAGGGACACCUUCCGCACCUAUUGCCAGGAGCGCCUCAUGCCCCGAAUCCUGCUGGCCAAUCGCAACGAAGUUUUUCACCGAGAGAUCAUCUCAGAAAUGGGGGAGCUGGGUGUGCUGGGGCCCACUAUCAAAGGGUAUGGCUGUGCCGGAGUGUCAUCUGUGGCCUAUGGGCUCCUGGCCCGAGAGCUGGAGCGGGUGGAUAGUGGCUACAGGUCAGCAAUGAGUGUCCAGUCUUCCCUGGUCAUGCACCCCAUCUACGCCUACGGCAGCAAGGAGCAGCAAGAGAAGUACCUGCCCCGGCUGGCCAAGGGGGAGCUCCUGGGCUGCUUUGGACUCACAGAGCCCAACCAUGGGAGUGACCCUGGCAGCAUGGAGACCAGAGCCCGCCACAACCCAUCCAACAGGAGCUACACCCUCAGUGGGACCAAGACCUGGAUCACCAAUUCACCUGUGGCCGACCUGUUUGUAGUAUGGGCUCGGUGUGAAGACAGCUGCAUUCGGGGCUUCCUGCUGGAGAAGGGGAUGCGGGGCCUCUCAGCCCCCAAGAUUGAGGGCAAGUUCUCCCUGCGGGCCUCGUCCACGGGCAUGAUCGUCAUGGACAGUGUGGAGGUGCCAGAGGAGAAUGUGCUGCCUGAUGUAUCUGGUCUGGCGGGGCCCUUCGGCUGCCUGAACAAUGCCAGGUUUGGCAUCGCCUGGGGUGUGCUCGGAGCCGCCGAAUUCUGUUUGCACACAGCCCGGCAGUACAGCCUGGACAGGAUCCAGUUUGGCGUCCCACUGGCCAGGAACCAGCUGAUUCAGAAGAAGCUGGCAGAUAUGCUUACUGAGAUCACGCUGGGCCUUCAUGCCUGCCUGCAGCUUGGCCGCUUGAAGGAUCAAGACAAGGCCACUCCAGAAAUGGUCUCCCUGCUGAAGAGGAAUAACUGUGGGAAGGCUCUGGAUAUCGCCCGCCAGGCCCGAGACAUACUAGGGGGGAAUGGGAUUUCUGAUGAAUAUCACAUCAUCCGCCAUGCCAUGAACCUGGAGGCCGUGAACACCUAUGAAGGCACUCACGACAUUCACGCUCUGAUCCUUGGAAGGGCGAUCACAGGGAUCCAGGCGUUCACGGCCAGCAAGUGAACAUACUUCACCCGGGAGCCCAGAUGGUCUCAAGCUCCUUCCCAGGGAAGUGCUGUGCUCUGAGCUUACUCAGGGGGUGGCAGAUGGAGCCAAUUUUUAUAGUGGGAAGUGAGAGACACUGAUUCUUAAUUAUCAAAAUUUUCCCUUUGAAGUCAUUCAAAUGUGUUCCUUAAAAAGAAGAUGGGACUCUCUGUACCAAGUUUCUCAACCCACUUUUAACCAUGGACGGGAAUGGAUUCCACUCAUCUUGGAACAGAAGCUUCUCUUGAUGGGAGCCGGAAGAGGGAAGGAGAGUGGCAUGGAGGCAGCCUGUGGUGUCUGACUGGGCAAAGGCCCCGCACACCGGGAGUCCACUGUGUGCCCUCCGACCCUCCCAUCUUGUGGGUGAAUGCCUAAUGCUUGAUGUUGGGGCAGAAAGAGAGUAAAAGACUAAUAAAGUUGGCAUGUGUGACCCCAAGGUAUUGGGCCACAUUUAAUUGUAACCACCCAAGAUCCUGAUCCAAACCACCCAAGAUCCAAAUGACCAAGAAGUCAUUUCAGUCACAGGAAAAGUGUGGGGACUGUGAGGUGUUUGACAUUCAGGGAUUUCCCCCUCAAGUGGUAUGGCCCGUGUCCGAGUUUUGGGCUCUGCUGUAAUAACCCUGGUUAGGCACUGACCUGGGCU